AUGAUUGAUACCAAAAAUUCUAGUGGCCAACAGGUGUACUCGUUGGCUAAUGGGUUCCCAUACUCCCACCACCCUUACGGGGCCCAAUAUGCCCGUCCCGAUGGCCCAUUGUUGUUGCAGGACAUCCAUCUGGUGGAGUCCCUCGCGCACUUUGACCGCGAAAGAAUACCGGAACGUGUGGUUCACGCCAAGGGCGGCGGUUGCCGUUUCGAGUUUGAGCUCACAGACUCGCUCUCGGACAUCACGUUUGCAGCGCCCUACCAGAAACCGGGCUACAAAUGUCCCGGUGUGGUCCGUUUUUCGACUGUCGGUGGUGAACAGGGUACUCCAGACACCCAGCGUGACCCUCGUGGGUUUUCGCUCAAGUUCUACACCGAAUGGGGGAACCACGAUUGGGUGUUCAACAACACGCCCGUGUUUUUCAUUCGCGAUGCCAACAAGUUCCCUCAUUUUAUCCACACCCAAAAGCGUGAUCCUCGCUCCCAUUUGAACCAUGGUGCUGACAGUACCAUGUACUGGGACUAUUUGACGCAAAAUCCAGAAUCCAUUCAUCAAAUCACCUACAUGUUUGGCGACCGUGGUACCCCUGCCAAUUGGGCCAACAUGAGUGGCUAUUCGGGCCACACUUAUAAGUUCAGAAACGACAAGGGCGAACUCACGUAUGUGCAAAUACACGUUCGUCCCGAUGGUGGGUUUAAGUGUUUGAAUAAUGAGCAGGCCGCUGAAUUAGGUGGCUCUAGCCCAGACUUUAACCAGCAAACGUUAUUCAAGCAGCUCGAAGCCGGUGAGCGUCCAAGCUACACAUGCUACGUGCAGACCAUGACCCUCAAGCAAGCAGAGGAAUUUCGUUACUCCAUUAACGAUUUGACUAAGAUUUGGCCCCACAAGGAAUUCCCCUUGCGUAAAUUUGGUAAGAUCACCUUGACGCAAAAUGUGGACAACUAUUUCGAGGAGAUUGAACAGAUUGCUUUUAGCCCCAGCAACACCUGUAUUCCAGGUAUUGAGCCCUCCAACGACUCUGUUUUGCAAUCGCGUUUGUUUUCGUACCCUGACACUCAGCGCCAUCGUUUGGGUGCCAAUUAUCAGCAGUUGCCGGUCAACAGCCCCAGAAAUAUGUGUCCUGUCGCUGCAGGCAACUCUGGCUGCCCUUUCUUGGCGGGUAACUUCCAGAGAGAUGGACCAGGCGCAUUGUACAACCAAAACUCGUAUCCAAACUACAUUUCAACCCAAUACAAGGAGAAGAUCCAGUACAAAGACUUAACUAGCGCCAACGUUAGCAAGGAUACGUUUGUUGGCGUUGUGCCAAAGAAUGUGUCGGAUGCAGGUGUGAAGACGCAAGAAGAGGUACGUCAACACGAGGAGAUUAUCAAUGCUAAGAUAAACGAAUACUACUGGGUCACCGGCGCGUCGCCUCUUGAUUUUGAACAGCCAAGAGCUUUGUAUGAAAAGGUUUUCGACGAUAAGCACAGAGAAAGAUUCAUUCACAAUGUUGUUGGCCACGUUAGCACCGCUUCCAGCGAAAUUCAAGCCAGAGUCCCGCAAUACUUUGCACUUUUGAAUGAAGAUCUUGGUGCUGCUAUUGCCAAAGGUCUUGGUGUCAAAUAUGAACCUCUUUCGUUUGAGGAAUACGCUAAGCGCUUGAGUCUUGCGUCCUCAUAUUAA